UUUGAAGUAUCUUGGCACCUCAUGGGAUGAGGGGUUUAAGGGAGGACAUUGGUCUGGGCGCGAUCAAGGGAACGCUGCUGGUACCAAUUUGGAGCAUGUGAGUAUUCUGCAUGAUAGCCGGCUGUUUGUAGGCGACAACGAAGGCUGGCGACAGAUCAAUGGACACUGACCUUGGCUGUCCAAUCUUUGAAAAAUUACCUGGACAGAUUGCAGGUGCCGUGCUUCUAUUGGGGCUGACAUCAUGGCAUGCCUCUGCAGAUUCAGAUUUUAACGCCAUCCGUCUCAGAACACCAACGACCUCACGCCCUAAAGUUACCAAUGUAUUUCCUCCUUACGAGAAGGUCGCCGCAUCAGAGUCGAUUUUGCAUAGGAGUUCAAGAAACGUUCCGGUCUAUGGCACAUUCGAAUCUUUGCAUGUGGCUCGGGAAGCAGAUGGAUUCUGCAGGCGCUGGGUCUUCACAAGUAUGCAGAUAUCCGGUGUAUACGCGCUUACUGUGUACGAUGGUAGAGACCCUGGCUGUCACGAGUAUUUUGUUACAGCCGACCUGUUUCGCUGGUUGAGAGCUGUGCACUAGUGGAAAGUGGAAUAUUUUUGCUGUGGUGGGAAAGCAAAGGUAAGACUGCGGCGCACGAAAAGAACGUUGACUCGUUUUGGACUCGAGAAUCACUCGUUUAAUAUGGUACAGGUUGGUUGUGACUGGCGGUGCAUGGAGCAGGAUACCCACUACGCGAGGGAAAAUUUUGGUGCAGUGUGAGUUUUGCGGCAAUGUGCAAGUAACGUGCAGUGUGUUGGUGUAAAU